GGUGUAGAACACAGGAUGGCUAAGGAUUGGUUUCAAAAGCACAUGAAUUUUACUUCUGCUUUGUAUACGAGCAUCGUGCGUCAGCAGCAACGCACACCCGCCCAGCAUCUCCUUUCCAUGCACCCUAGUCAGUGGAUCUCUUGGAAGCUCAGGAAGACUAACGUGCUCUAUUCACAGACUGGUAUGGACCUAAGUAAUGCCCAAGAACAGCCCGUGGCUGCAGAAGGACAAGAGGUUUUGACAGACUCUAAUCUGAACAAACCCCAGGAAGUGGAUAUUAUGGGUGGUGUGGAAGAUAUGAAGGAUCACAACGAGUCUAAUGAAGAAGCAGGAGUUCACAGGAACAGCCCGAGACACUCAUUUCUACAGGCUAAUUAUGGUGUGGUUAAAAUGAAAGGUGAAUACAGUGAAAGAGAGGAGAAUGCUUUAAAUUCAGAGCCUAUGGAAAACCCAGAAGAAUCUGAAAUGCCUUACGCCUAUCCCCGAGAAUAUAAUGAAUAUGACAGCAUUAAACUGGAAAGACAUUCUGGUUCAUAUGACAGCGUCAGGCCAGCUAGUGGAAAAAUGACUUGCGAAAUCUGUGGAUUAGCCUGCAUUAGCCUCAAUGUCUUGAUGGUUCAUAAGCGUAGCCACACUGGUGAACGGCCAUUCCAGUGUAAUCAGUGCGGAGCUUCCUUUACUCAGAAGGGAAACCUCCUCCGCCACAUUAAACUACAUACAGGGGAAAAACCUUUUAAAUGUCAUCUUUGCAGUUAUGCCUGCCAAAGGAGGGAUGCGCUAACAGGUCACUUAAGGACACAUUCUGUGGAGAAGCCGUACAAAUGUGAGUUUUGCGGCAGGAGCUACAAGCAGAGGAGCUCGUUAGAGGAGCACAAGGAGCGGUGCCGUACUUAUUUGCAGAACACUGGUGUGUGCGAGACUGUUACUUUGAACGAAGCAUCUAAAAUACCUUGUACUCAGCAUUUUGUAGGUGCUGCUCACACGAGCGUGGAGGCAAGGCACAUCAAGGCAGAGAUGGGGAGUGAAAGAGCCCUUGUGCUGGACAGGCUAGCGAGCAACGUGGCAAAGCGAAAAAGCUCAAUGCCGCAGAAAUUUAUUGGUGAGAAACGCCAUAGUUACGAUGUUAACUAUCAUUCAAGUUUCAUGUAUGAAAAGGAAAACGAGAUAAUUCAAGGACGCAUUAUGGACCAGGCCAUAAACAAUGCCAUCACCUACCUCGGGGCUGAAGCCCUGCGUCCUCUCGUGCAGACGCCGGCAGCUCCCACCUCUGAAAUGGUCCCCGUCAUAAGCAGCCUGUACCCCAUCCCGCUGACCCGCACCAACGUGCCGAAUGGCGCCGUGCAGGAUGCGGAGAAGAGCCAUGCCCACCUCAGGGACAAAAGCCUCUCUUCUGACAGAGGGCUUUCCCCCAACAACAGCGGCCAAGACUCCACAGACACUGACAGCAACCACGAGGAGCGGCAGAACCUCGCCUUCCACCAAAGCCAGAUGAUCCCCGCUCAAGCCCGCAAUGGCCUCCAGUCCUUGAAGGAUUUCCCAAGGCCGUGUGACAUCAUCAAGCCACCCGCCAUAUGCCCACGCGAUGCCUUUAAGGUCAUCAACAAGGAAGGGGAAGCCAUCGGCGUCUACCGGUGCGACCAUUGCCGCGUCCUCUUUUUGGAUUACGUGAUGUUCACCAUCCACAUGGGCUGCCACGGGUUCCGCGAUCCUUUUGAGUGCAACGUCUGUGGGUACAGAAGCCACGACCGAUACGAAUUCUCCUCGCACAUAGCACGAGGUGAGCACAGAGUCGUGCUCAAAUAGAAGGACCGGUUCCCCAAGGCCGAGGGCUCUGCUUUAGAUCGAAGAGGAGGUUGGUUUGGUUGGUUUUGAAUUAGCAUAAAGGAGUUUUGUGAGUAUGUUUCUAUGCCAGUUUUUAAAUGCGUGUCGCAGGGAGGCGACACCGUUUUACAUUCCUCUUUCCAAGUAAUUCCAUGUUCUGUAGCAUCUGUGCCUGGCUGCUGUAGUGAAUGGCACUGUGUAAAACACCAGGAACAGAGACUGGUUUUUAUACAAACUUUAUUUUUGUGAAAGUUAAGAGUCAUUUCAGGUGUUCUCUUUUAUUCUUUAUCGUGCAUUUGUUUUUAUAACACGUGCUUUAACUCUUCACAGAAGGUUUUUACACCCUCUUUCCCUGCUUGGUCAGGUGUAGGGGAGGAGAUAUUUUAGCUGUUAUGAUCCCGACAGCCUUCAAACGGCUGAUUACCGAAACAAGAACGCCUAUCUGGGAGGGAUCAUUAAUUCCUCUCUAAAGGUUUUCCCCUAAGUCUUACAGAGGGCAUGGCCCCAUCACACUUUCAUUUUUCUUACCCCUCUGCCCACUUUCUUUAAAGUCACUCCCACAUGUGACUUAGUAACAGCAAAAUAAGAAGCAAGAUCUAUUUUGGGGCUGGAGUUUUUUUAACAGCGUGCAUUUUUGGGAUACCCAGUGAGGUCAUCAGUUGGCUCAUCCUUGCGGUCUGGGGGAAAUCCUGAUUUUCACUGUUGGAAAGUCCUUCUUUCUGCUGAAUGCCAAAACCGAAGAGGAAACUACGCUGAGCGUGGUGUCCUGCUUUGCUCCUGCUAAGCUCCAGCAGCCAAACUCGCAGCCGUGCUGGCACACAACAUCCCUAUGGAUGGCGAGAAGCGUUGGGCUCGGAGCAGGAGUCACCCCGUCCUGGCCGCUGACACCGUGAGAAGCUGCGUACACGAGUGUGUGGGAGCUGACAGCUCAAUCACACCGUCUGGUUUUACGUGGGGAUAUCCCUCGGAGUGAAAUGUGUUGCUUUGCAAGAUGAGUAUUUACCAUGACUUUGAAGCUGGGUUUUAAAAUAGUUCUUUUAAUCUAAUCGUUGCUCUGCAGCUGUAUUAUUAGUCACUGCGCUGAAGAUAGGAGUUUGAUAACAGUUUUGCUGAGUGAAGGUUUAUUCUUUGCAAAGUAUUUUUGUGUAACGUAGAGUUAGGUGUGUUCUGAUGGACUUUUUGGCAUCCAUCGUAUGGUUUGAUGUCCUCGUUGCUUUCGUACUUUUUCAACGUUGCCGUGCCAAUAUCUGUGGAGAUCUGUCCGUUCCCAUGAGGGAAGGCUGGGGCACAAAGGCCUCGCUCGAGUGUUGGGUGCCAAGAAACGCUGAAUCUCAUUCCUCCCUCUGCCCCGGGGUUGCUCUUUUGGCUCAAAUGCUUUCUUCCUCCCUGAAUUUUAAGGUACAAAAAUGAAAAUUGUGUUCGUUUUUUCCCAAUAAGGGUAGGUCUGAAGAAGGAUAAAUUAGUCCACAGAGAGUCUGAGCAUCUGAAGAGCUGUCAAAGUGCUAGAUCCUAGAUUCUAGAUCCUGCUGGUCGUUAGGGAUAGGGAGAACUGCUGCCUUGUGUGCUGUUGCGUGCAGAGUCAUAAAAUAGGUGUAGGACCAUUUCCAAUAACCAGUUUUCCAUCACGAGGCAGAAAAGUGAGCAUUUGGAUGUUGGUUCUUCCCUGUUGAGUAUCUGUUGUCUGGACAUGAGAAAGGAUCCUCUGCGUGAGGCUGCAGUUCCACCAAGGGCUUCACCCGAUCGUCCAAGGACUGCAUUCCAGGUGGCAGCUGGGCUUGGGAAGGCUUCAACCUAAAUCGCUCGGGAGCUCCAUUUCUCCUGUUGUGCCUUCAUGAGAGAAGCAGCUGAGUUACCUGCACGGCAUGGCUGAUGGAAACGCUCCUCACGGUUCAACAGAAAUGAAUAAGAUAACACAUAGUAAAACAUAACUCGUCAUUCGCCCAGGAAGCUCCUCACGUUGCUGAGAGUGUGUCACGCAGCACCGCCGCUUUCUUUCUCACGCCGCUGCCGAACCUUUGAAAACCCUCUGCAGAUGAGUCCUCCACACUUCCCUCACCACCAGGCAGGACUGCAGCCACCUACCCCUGCUUCCCAGACAAGGUGAGCAAUCGACCGCUGCACCCCGAGCACCUCAGCGCGAGCAAUGCUGCCAGGUUUAGAAAAGGCAGGAGGGAGGUUUCUCCAAACGGCACCGUUUCCCCACCGCCGCUCGGGCAGAGCCAUCGUUUCAAGAUUGGCUGAAACAAAAGAAAUUCCCUGCGCUGUUUGGAGUUGGCGAGCGAUCACCGCGUUACGGCUCUGCUGUUGAACAAUCCCAUGUUGUGGAAUUUAACCCAGUUGUUUAUUAAAA